UCGCUCUGCGUUAUCUGCAAAAUGAACUGAGUCACAUUACGUUGUUCGUGUUGUUUUAUACAUUUCGUCUGUAAAUAAGCACUGAUGCUGUCACCGCGCGACGACGAUGACGACGACAGCCACUUAUGCAUCAAAUGCAACGCCACUAUCAUUGGCCUCGACAACUACGUUAAACAUAGAAAGCAGAGAUGUCAGAAGAAAAGUACUACCUCCAAAUCAGAUAUUCCGAGCAUUAAUCCAUUGGAACCUACUUAUAGCCUUGGAGCUGAUGUUUUUUUCCAGUCCUUGGAGUUACAAAGUAGUGUUAAGAAACCCACAUUGGCCAGACUUACACCACCCAUACCCACUUCUAAAGUAGGUAUAGACACAAAGAGUACAUUGACUGAACCCUCAACUUCUAGGGAUCUACCAAGAAUGAGCCCUUUAGAGAGCAACUUAGGUGGCGAAGACUGGAUUGGUGGUCAUAGUUUAAGAAUAGGUAUGAACGAAGAUAAUCAAACAAAGUUGAUAAAUGCAGUGGCUAGUAUUAGUGGUUCGGUUAAGAAAGAUAUUCCGACUUCUUCUUAUAAUAUCGAAGGUUUUAACGAUUUUAAAGGCGACGAAGAUUUUGAUGAAUCGGAAGAUUCAGAGGACGAAGACGAGGAUGAACCUCAUGCUACUGGAGAAAAGUGGAAGCCUCCACCAAAUUAUACAGGCGGUAAAUGGAGACCUGCAUCUCCGGAAAAUGAAGAUUGGGAUAUGCGGGACGAACAAGAGCAUAUGGGCGGUAAAUGGAAAUCAUUUAUAACAAAUGAUCGUGAUGAUGAUUAUGAUGCUCCGCCACCAGGCCACACCAAAGGUAAAUGGGUACCUGGAGCACAUGAAAAAACACAAAUAAUGCAACCGACUAUACAAACAAAGGGCACAGUGCAGUACUGGUGUGGGCCUUGUAACCGGCGUCUGGGUUCAAAGGCUAUAUACGACAAACAUUUAAUGUCAAGUCUUCAUAUGAGAAAAGUGCUACCCGAACGCGAGUUGGAAUUCUCAGGACAUUUAGAAUCAUUAAAAAAUAUGACGGAAAAACGAUCUAUCCGUUCUACGCGAUUUUUAAAUAGAAGCGUAUAUAUUCAGUCACAUGCAAAGAAGCCACGCGUAUCUGGAAAAUUAAAUGUGAAGCUUCAAAUUAAAAAAAGAAAACGGAAGUCUGUUUUUGUACAUUGCUGUGGGUGCAAAUCUCGCGUGAGACAGCAUCUAAUGGGAAAACACUUGAUAUCUCAUUAUCACUUUAGAAAAGCCACAGACACACAGAGCAGUAUAUAUAAACAGUUAAUUCUUGAUAAUAUAGAUGCUAUUGUCCACCAGUCACCAUUUCAAUGUAGCCCAUGUAAAUUUUAUACCAACUGGCUCUCAAACUUUAUGCAGCAUUGGUUUUCUGAAGAACAUGUACAGAAAAUGGCGCAAACAGAAGGUAGAUAUUGGUGCUCAUUUUGUAAAUACGAAUGUGAAACAUCUGAAGAAAUGUCAGAGCACAUGUCAAGCUUGGAACAUAGUGAAGUAGUUGCAGUUAUUAAUAGGUCUAUGCCUAUAAUUAUACGAAAGAAAAGCGUGUUGAGAUGUGAAACUUGUAAUGUAGAGUUUCGAUACAACAUGGAGAUAAAACGACAUUGUCAGAAAACAGGACACGCUUUGGCCUAUACUGCUACUGAUAGUUAUCAGGAAUUACACAAAUGUAAACACUGUAAAGUUAAAUUUAAAUCUUCUCUAUCGCUGGCAGCCCAUUUAAAGACUAUACAUAAACAAAAAGCGUUUUUCUGUUUAGUUUGUUCAAAAACUUUUAACUCCUCGGAGGAAGCAAAACAUCAUCGUCAAACUUCUGAGCACAGAAUUAGAAAGAAAGAGAUAUUGAAGGAAAAAGGUUUAAUUACGAAAGAUUUGACCAAAAAGUGUCCUUACUGUAAAGAUGAAUUGUUUUUAAAAAAUAUAUUGGAGUUAAAAGAUCACAUUAGAAGAGUGCAUCCACAUAUUAAAAGAAAAUGCCCUAAAUGCGGUAUGUCAUUCAUUUUGUCGCAAGAAGUAACUCGUCACAUCAGGAACAAUGCUUGCCAAUUUCGUAACAAUAGUCCGCCGAAUUCCUCCAUAUUGUGGAACUGCAGCCAGUGCGUCUUCACAACAGACUCCCAAGCCGAGUGUUUCUUCCACGAAGUUUUACAUUCAGAUCCAGUAAGAGACAUUCGCAAAGUUGGCAAUAAAGAGAAAGUGUAUGAGAAAUAUAUAUGUCCAAUUUGUCAUAAAACAUUCAAGAAGGCAUCUCUACGUGAGCAUUUGAGAAUACACACUUCUGAACGACCCUUCGUCUGUGCCACGUGUGGAGCCAAUUUUACUAGAUUGACCAGUUUAGUUAAUCAUAACAAAAGCCAACACAAGAUAGAUACCACCAGUAAUGAGAUUACAAAACCAGAGAAGGUUAUUGAGAGUGCAGAUACGAAGACACAAGACUGGAAAUGCAGUAAAUGCCCGAGCAGUUUCCCUAACAGAACUGCGUUGAGAAGACACGCUUCAAAAUGUGGCAGUAUGGGCCAAAAAUGCCCACAUGAUCAAUGCACCUAUGUAUCAGCUAACUUAGUCAGACAUCGUCGAGCUCAUGGUGAACAAAUGAAAAAUCACCAGUGCCAGCUAUGUACGUUUAAAACUAAUCACUCCAGCCACCUGAAGAGGCACAUGCUCUGCCAUAAGGGGCUGAAGCCUUACGGUUGUCCGCACUGCCAGUUUGUUUGUGGUAGCUUGGAGAACCUCCGCAAACACGCCCACCGGCGACAUCCCGGACUGCCGCUGUACCGCUGCGAGUGUUGCGAAUUCAGCACCGACAUGGCGGCUCUACUGCGCAGCCAUCUCACCACAGUUCAUUCAGAUAAAUAUGACACUAGCACCGCCUUCAAUGUCGUCAAACUACAUUUGAUGACUAGUGAGUACAAGAAAGACAUUGGUGACGAGUGAAAAUAAUCUAUUUAGACUAAAUUGAUAUUUAAUGUAAUGCAAUAAUAAAAA